AUGUACAGUCACGGACGUGACCAUCUGUCCAGUCCUCAAGGCCCGCCCCCUCUGCCUCCAGCCCCGCCUUCACACAAGCAGCACCCGUCAAUCACAUCCCUGAGUCGCAGCUCACUGGCCAAUCAGAGAAGCCCGAGCCCACCCCCCUCAGCCGGCCUGGCCCACCUGCAGAGUACAGCGGAAUGUGUCCAGCUGCAGGACAGCUGGGUCCUGGGCAGCAAUGUGGCCCUUCAAAGCAGGCACUUUCUGUUUAAGACGGGCACAGGCUCCACCCCCUUCUUUGGCGCCGCUGCUCCCGGAUACACGAUGGCCACGGGCGCUGUGUACUCAACGCCAGCCCGGCCCCUCCCCAGGAACACCUUGACCAGAGGGGCCUUCAAGUUCAAGAAGUCCCCCAAGCACUGCUCCUGGAAGUGCACGGCUCUGAUCGCAGUGGGCGUGGCCGUGCUGCUGUCCGUCAUCCUCGGCUAUUGCAUCGCUAUGCACCUGUUCGGCCUGAACUGGCAGCUCCGUGAGGUGGAGAAUCAACCUGCUUUUGAGAAUGGCGCAGCGGCAAAGGCAGGAGGGCCCACUCAGACCAGCGUGGUGACGGCGCUGGCUGUAGAUAACGGACGCAGCGGCGUGAUUCAGCAGGAGAACAACUCCAUAGACUCAGGACAGGUGGAAGUGGGGAGGCGGGCUGGACAGAGCCUCCCCCCCUCCAUCUUUUGGAGGUCCCAGCUCAACGUCCAACAGCCACGAUUCAUCAAGUUCAACAUCUCAGUGCAGAAGAACGCACUGAUCGGAGUGUACGGCCGCAAAGGCCUGGCGCCCACGCACACACAGCCCAUCACUCUAUAUGAUGCUGUUUUGUGUGGGAUGCAGAAAAGGAGGUCCUCGGCAGGAGUGGAGCUGGAGGAGUGA